AUGUACAAAAAUGGUGAGUUUGGCAGGAAAAUUUAAAGUUUUUGGCUGGGCAAGGACUUAUAAUACGUUUUAAGACUAAACAGGAGCUUAAAAAUGACUUUUUUUAAUUGAAAAAACUAAAAAAAGCAAAUUUAAGUUAUAUAAACCAUGGUUUACAGACUACGCCUCCACUUCAAUGCCAAACAUUGACGCCAAUUUCGGCCAAAGCCUUGCCCAUUCGAAUGCGGCCUUGCUGAAGCCUUCAACUUCAGCCGCCAACCUGGUAUCUUCGCACGAGGAGCCAUGUUCCUCACAGUCAAAACCUCAGGAAUCUCAACAGGAAAACGCAAAUACGGAUAAAACAGAAGGAGCAGGAGGGAACGUUGGAUUAUAUGAGGAAUUGCUGGCUUCUAGUGCUUGUAAGUGGAAUGAUUGAUGUUGAGGGUAGUGUUGAACUAGUGAUUUUGUUCAGGGGUGAAGAGGGUGAAAUUUGUUUGGGAAGGGAGGGGUAAAUUUUGUUCGAAAAAUCGAUGAUGAGUGGGACCAUUUUUAAAAUUGUUGAAAAAAAUUAAGGUGUGUUGCCUUAGGAAACGUUUUGGCAACCAAUUGACCUAGUUUUCAUUGCCAUUUCAGCUUACGGCGACUGGAACAGCCCCGUCCUGGACGAGACCGCCCUUCUGGCUCAAGCCCUCGCCUUAUCCCAACAGGAGUUCUUGGACUCGUUGGAGAAGAAGAAACCCAACCAAUAA